CUCUUUUGCCUCUCAUGUGACCGACCAUUAAGCCUUAUUUGAACUGUCAUUGCUCCCACUUUGUCCUCUCUAUAUCUUCUUCCCUUGCAUAUAUAAUAUCUUGCCGUUUAGGUUACUAAAAUUUAUAAAAAUUCCUACCAGAUAACCAAAAACAGUUUCUUGAAUCAAAUUUCAAACUCUAAAUGGCAACAGAAGGCCUUGGUCUUGAAAUCACCGAGCUAAGACUGGGACUACCCGGCGCAGCAGUGGAAACCGCGGCCACCGAGGGUUUUAUUAAUAAAAAUGAGAAAAAAAGGGUCUUUUCUCAAGUCUCCGGCGACAAAGGUAGCAGCACCACCGUUGACCGGAAAAUGAUUCCAACAAAGAGUCAAGUUGUGGGGUGGCCACCGGUUUGCUCUUAUAGGAAAAAGAAUAGUUUUAAUGAGAAAGAACGGGUUGAAAAUUCAAAAAUGUACGUGAAAGUUAGUAUGGAUGGAGCUCCAUUUCUUCGAAAGAUUGAUUUGGGUAUUCAUAAAGAGUAUUCGGAUCUUAUUGUUGCAUUGGAGAAGUUAUUUGGCUGCUUUGAUAUUGGCAAAGCAUUGAAGGAUGCAGACAGCAGCGACUACGUUCCCAUAUAUGAGGACAAGGAUGGAGACUGGAUGCUUCUUGGAGACGUCCCCUGGGAGAUGUUUAUCGAGUCAUGCAAGAGACUAAGAAUCAUGAAGAGCUCAGAGGCCAAAGGAUUUGGACUGCAGCCCAAGAGUGGUCUUAAGGGGAUCACAAUAGACUAAAACCACAAUUAAAGUUAAUUAGUGGAGAAUUUGACCGAAUUUAUUGCUUAAUCUCUGUUUAAUUAAAAAUUAGUGUAUGCAUAUUUUAUUUCAUUAAGUUAUGACUGUAAGACUUGAUUUCAAGUUUCAAAAUAUGGGAUUGGGUUAGACUCCCUAAAUUUAUAUGUGUUAAAGAUGACAAUUUGUUAAUUCCUAUAUAUGUAUGAUUUUGUUUUCUCUUAA